AUGGCAAGUUUGUCCACUUUCCUGUACGUCUACCUUUUCGGUGGAAUAACGUUCCCAAUCGCCGUUCUAUAUCUACUGUUCGUCGUUGCCCCAGAAGCUGAAAGUCAGCGCAAGCCAACUCCGAGAUUACUCGUACCCGACAUAGAACCCGACUUCAAAGCAGGUGAAAUUGAAGAGAAAAAGGGCGUAGAUGUUUUAAAGAAAGGUUGGCUCACUGUAACCACCAAGUACUACUACCACUCUUCGGAGUUACUGCAGACGGCAGAUUUGGAUGAAAUAAACGUUCGCACGCGAGACAAAUUAAAGCGCAAGCAUGUUUUCUACGCUGUUCUGAAACACGGGAAUCUCUUUCUCUAUAAAGAUGACAGUAUUGAGGCUAGCGUGUCCCAUGUAAUCGUUCUCAAAAAUAGCUUUGUCUCAAUCUGGCCCAGGGCUCCUGCGCGAGAAGCACCCGAGGGCUCAUUGUUCACCAAGAAAACAUGCAUUUCCAUUUUCAAAAAUGGUACCGCCGCGAUCGACUCCGAAGGUAACCUCAGUCUUGCUACACAAGCUGCCAAUUCCAAGCAUCUGGAUCAUUUCUUCCUGUAUGUGACUAACAAUGUCGAGAAGGAGGACUGGUAUUUCGCACUCAUCAAUGCUUCGAAAGUCCCAGUAUCCAAAGGUGAGUCGUCAGUGGUGAAUGAUGUCUUAAAUCCAAACAUCUCUGCACAAACCGCCCAUUUUGCAACUCGCGACAUGCUACAACUAAUUCAAGCGCUAAACUCUAGCGAAGGCCAGCUAAGCACCAAAUGGUUGAAUGCGCUGACAGGCCGUCUCUUUUUGGCUCUACAGCAGACAGAAACACUGUCAGAGUAUUUACGCCAGCGGAUUUCUAGAAAGCUGACAAAGCUCAACAAGCCUGGGUUUCUGGAUGAUUUUGUAAUCGACAGAGUUGACGCCGGAAAUGCGGCUCCAAUUAUAACACACCCAUGCCUCAAAGAGAUCAACACCGAAGGCUUAAUGAAAAUUGGUCUUCAGUUUUCUUAUGAAGGUGCUUUAUCUAUGAUAAUAUCCACCAAAGCGAACAUAAAUUUGGGAUCUCGUUUCAAGACGAGGGAAGUAACUUUACAGCUGGCUAUCACCGUUAAGAAAGUUGUGGGACCUAUUCUAGUAUUAAUCAAGCCACCACCUUCAAAUCGUGUGUGGUAUAGCUUUGAAACUGAGCCGUUCAUCGACAUGGAUGUCGAGCCUGUAGUGAGCACUAAACAACUUUCGUACAAUAUGGUGACAAAUGCGAUCAAAAGCAAGUUUCGCGAAGCCAUUAAGGAAUCCAUCGUCAUGCCAUUCAUGGAUGACAUCCCUUUUAACACUUCUAUUACGGAGAUGUAUAGAGGAGGAAUUUGGGAACAUAAGAAGGCCGCUUCAAAUGGAAACAAGGAAGGGGGUAGUGCUGAACUAGAUUUCCAUCAGAGUAAGGAAAAAGAUUUUUCGAGGAGUAACGUGAGGGAGACUGAUGUUAGUAAACUGGACUACGAGAUGUCAGAAGCCCAAUCAGAUCACUCUAUGGAAUCAGGCCUUGAUGUGCGGAUGCUACAGGUGGGAAAGGAUGACGAUUCGGAUCAUCAGUCUAUCCGGCAAAAAACUUUGCAAAAAGUAGGAACGAUUAAAUCCAUUCUAAAUCCUAAGUCUGAAUCUAUCACAUUCAAAGAUGAAUUAGAUGAAUGGGACGAGUCUGAAAAAAUGCGGAGAUCUUCUACUGAAAGUCAGUCAUUUGUGGAUAAGGACGAAAAAGGUCCAAAAAACUACAUUAAUACCGGUAUCAAAAAAUUUGGAAAGUGGUAUAAAGACAGCUUAUCAACUCCUGGAGUAAAUCCUGACCAGCCUAUUGACGACUCUAGCGAGCAGAGCUUGAAAAUGAUAUCUAACAGAAGGAAGUUACCCAAAAUGAGAGAGAGGGAAGUGUUGAAGUCCCCUGAACUAGGUGACAGAAGCUCGUCAGAUGCUGCUGAGAUGUUUGCUAAAAAUAAGCCGAGAUCGACUUCUGUGAAUUCACAAGGAACCCCUGUGAACACAAGUUUCACAUUUAGUACCACCUCGCCUCAGUCACCCAAUACACCUGGUUGGGCAAAUCAGGAAGUAGGUACAAAGGGACAACCAGAUGGGUUAGAACGCCAAUUGGUCCUUGAAGGCUCAAAAAUGAAGGACGACGAGAAAGUAGGGUUUAGUCCGGCUGCAUUGUCGACCACAGAGAUCACCUCUAAAUUAGACGAGCAUGGACAACCCGAGCGAUUGUUGGAUGAUCAGGUACGAGAAGCCUCCACAUUUCACGUAUCGCUGCAGGAGCUCAACAAAAGGAGGCCGGUUCCUCCACUUCCUGCACCACUUGUUAAACCAGAUGAUACAACAGUUCAAGGUCCAGCAUGA